AUGGACAAGGAUGAUAUUUUAGCACAUUGUGUGUCUGAAUGGGGGGAGAGUAUUAGAAAAGAAUACCAAAGACUUUUUGAGCUUAGAAGUUUUUUUGAUGUUCCUGUAAUGGCCUUGACUGCAACAUCCACAAAAGAAGUAAAAGCCGACAUUUUAAAGUAUUUACAGUUAUCUGAUGAGUACCCAAAUAAUAUAUUAAUAGAAAUGUUCCAUAAAAGUACACACCAAGACUCAAAAGAUAGAAUUUUAAAAGAAUUCAAACUGAAAGAAAGUAAGAUCCGAUGUGUGAUUGCUACAGUUGCUUUGGGUAUGGGUCUAGACAUACGGGACGUAGACUUGGUUGUACAUAUUGGAUGCCCUAAAUCUGUACUUUCUUACUGGCAAGAGGCAGGCCGUUGUGCGAGAGAUGGUCGACAAGGAUGUUGUUCUGUGUGCAUUGAAAAGUGUCCAGGCCAAAAGAGAUGCUUUUUCAAUGUGCAGACUUUCCUUAACAAAGAACGUGAAGAUGACAAAAACUAA